GGACUGAAAUUUGUUUUCGAGCUGCUUCCAACACGUGUAGUUGCAUGACUUUUCGUUUCGCGAAAGAGGUUUGACUUGAGAUUUUUUUAAAAUCGCAUAUAUAAAUAGAGAAAUUACUGAAUAAAUUAUAAAAUAGUUAAUUUUGAAACUAGAAAACUAGUUAAUAAAACAAGCUUCACACUUUCAAAAUGUCCGCACCACAUUUCGUGACUACGGCCGAGGAGCUAUCGAAAAUACGCAGUCUUAAUCGCGGAGAGUCGACUUCUUCGACGAGCAGUAGUUUAUUGGAUACGCCAGUUUGGCUUUCUACAAAAUAUAUACAAAAAAGCUUACGUAUAUAUUAUAAUGAUCACACACUUAAAGUAAACAAUAUCAAUAUAACACCAGCAUUAGGACGUGGUGAGAAUUAUGGUGGCGUUCUAACGCGCAUUAAUGCCGAAUAUGUCACUGGGACCGGCCAACAUCAAGUUGGACAUUACAUCGUGAAAACAAGUUUCGAAGGCGAUGAAUUGGCACUACAAAUCAUGGAACCCUAUGAUAUCUUCAACUGUGAGAUGUCCAUCUAUGAAAGUGUGCUACCCAAACUGAACGCGUUGCUACGUGAAAUUGGUGAUAAUGAGCAAAUAUUUGCUGCAACAAUGAAUGUGGAUUAUAGGAAAUCAGCACUUAUUUUUGAGGAUCUCACUAUGCGUGGCUUUACCAAUCCAGAUCGCUUGCAAGGUUUGGAUAAGAAUUUAUCAAAAAUGGUGCUAAAAAAAUUGGCUAAAAUGCAUGCUGCCAGUGCUGUGUUGAAUGAACGUGAACCUAGAUCUUUAGAACAUUACGACCGCGGCAUGUAUAAUCGUCAUACAGACAAUUAUGCACCUUGCUUUGUGGGAUUGUUAGAGGCGAUGGGUAGACGACUUCGUCAAUGGCCGGGCUACGAGCAUUAUGCACAAAAGAUAGAAAAACUGAGGCCAAUGUAUAUGGAAUUAGCGAAACGCGUAUUUGAUCCACUUGAAGGUAGGCUGAAUGUCUUGGCACAUGGUGAUAUCUGGACCAAUAAUGUGAUGGUAAAAUAUGAUAACGAAAGUGGCAAGCCUUUAGAUGCAGUUAUAAUUGAUUUUCAAUACUCAGCUUGGGGUUCACCAGCAAUUGAUUUAUUUUAUUUCUUUAAUACAUCAUUGAACGAAGAGUUACAAUUAGCUGUGGAAGAUGAACUCAUACAAUAUUAUUACGAAAUUCUGGCGGAUACAUUAACAAAGUUGCGUUACAAAGCUAAGAUACCAAGUUUACACAGCUUCCAUAUGGAGUUAGAAGAAAAAGCUUUUUAUGCAUUUUGCGCAUCCUGUAUUUUACAGGCUGUACAAAGGAAUGAGGAUACUCAUGAUGCUGAUUUCAAUGCUCUCAUGUUGGAAGAUGAACGCGCUGUAAAAUUUAAGGACAGCUGCUAUGAUACUGAAUUCAGUGAAAGAAUUGUUAAAAAGUUUCUACCAGUAUAUGAUCGUAGGGGCUUGUUGGAGCCUGAUCAGUAGUGAGACAAGAUCUCUCUUCUCAGAGACUUUGAAUGUAAUUAAAAGAAAAAUUUAAAAACAAAUACACAGUAGUAUAUAGUAUGUAGUAUUGUUUAGAGAACUAUAUUGACAAGUAUCAAUGGUAGGGAUUUAUUUAAUAAAAUAGCACGAAAAUUACACUUAAUAAUUUGUUAAGUAACAUUUUAGAUAAUUCUAUUAGGCAUAUAACUGUAGAUAAGAAUAUCAUAUAAGAAAAUUCGAAAACUACAUUUUGUUAAAAACAAUUUUAUUUCUUUAAUUCUUCUUAAGAUAGAAUAGUGUUUUAUUGAUCUAUUAAAUAUAUAUAUGUACAUACAUUA